AAACGAAACUGAUCAAGGACUCGGAGUUUCCCGAGAAAGCCUCUGCGGCUUAGCAGCCGAACUCUUGCUUGGUAUUUAAAGAGAAUUAGCUGCUGGGAUUGAAUGCCAGUUUGUCAAAUAGCUUCAGUUCCUAUUACUCAUACUUACAGUCACCAGCCGUACCGUAUUUCUGACUUUUGACCCUGAAAACGACUCAACACCCACCUCCCUUCCCUCAGAAAUGUCUCAUUCUAAACCACUGCUCAUCCCAUGGCUGCGAGCACAGAUUGACAGCGGUGCGGAGAGGUAUCCUGGUGUCCACUGGAUGAACCCGGAGCACACAGAGUUCUCCAUUCCCUGGAAACAUGGUUUAAGACAGGACUCCUCAAACUCUGACAUUCUCAUCUUUAAGGCGUGGGCCGAGACGAGUGGCAAUGGCCGGGCUCAGGGAGACCCCUCAGUCUGGAAGAGGAACUUCCGCAGCGCCCUCCGAGCCAAAGGCUUCAAAUUGGUCUCUGACAACAAGAACGACACCGCUAACCCCCACAAAGUGUUUCGCUGGCCGGAUGAGUCAGCAUCAGGAGCUAACUCCUCUGCUGGAUCCCAGGACCAAGAUGACCCCGAUUUGUUUGAGAAUAUUGGCCUUCCUACACAAGAAAGCCAGGUUGACCCGUGCUUCGAAGAAUGUCUCUAUAUUCCAGAAGACGCUUUGUUUUUAGCAGAAUCCACUGCCGACCAGGAUAUUCUCCAGGAGUGUCUAAAGGGCCUGAACAUUGGCCCUCAAACAGAGGGCACCGCAGGCUUUGAGCCUCCUCCCGAGCAACAGCAGCUCCAAAACCCAGUGGUGAUUGGUGGACACGCGUUGCCUGGGCAACAGCAGUAUCCAGUCAUUUUUGAGGGUGCCGUCUGUGAAGCUGGGUUGCCUGAGCAACCGGCACAUCCAAUGGAGGGAGCCGUGGGAGGGGCCUGUGAUGGGCAGUUGGCGGAGCAGUUCCUUCACACCAUGACCAAGACCAGUGAUGGAGAUAAUUUCAAGACUGAAUUCAGGAUAUCAGUGUACUACAGAGGGGUGAAGGUGUUUGAGCAGCAGGUUGAGAAUGAAGCUGGGAUCCGCUUAGUUUACAGGCCCGAACUCAUCGGGACAGUUUUUGAUCAUGAGUCAGGCCUUACCGUGGUCUCUCUGCCAAGUCCUGGAGCCAUGCUGGAUCAGACCCAAGCCAAUCUGACCCAGCGCAUCCUGGACAAGCUGGGCGACGGUUUGGAUGUGGGGGUGUCCGGCCAUGUGGUCUACGGCCAGCGACUGGGCGAAACCAAAGCAUUUUGGAGCUUCUCCAAGUUUGACAGCAGCAGACAACCGCAAGAAAUUUCUAAAUUGCAGCCUCAACCACUGUACAUGUUGAAGGACUUUGUGCGAGGAAUAUUGGACUUUAUUGAAGGGAAAGACUGCCCUCCCUGCUCCCUGUUCUUCUGCCUGGCGGAGAAGUGGCCCGACCCAGACAACAAGCCUUGGGAGAAGAAACUUAUCACUGUGGAAGUGGUUCUGACUUCACUGGAGUUGCUGAAGAAUAUGGCUGUUGUAGGCGGCGCCUCCUCCCUGCAGUCUGUGGAGCUGCAGAUGUCACUUGAGGAGAUGAUGGAGACGUACUGACGCACUUUGCUGUGCCUGAAGAGAUUUAUUGUUUACCGCAUUUUUUGCUUAAUCCUUAAUCUUGAUGACAAGGUAGAGCAUCUCAGAAACAAUCGUGUGGAUGUUUUCUGAACAUUUUGGAUAUUUAUUCCACACUAAAUAGAUCAGGUGAUAAUAAUGGUAUUAAUAGUUGCUCUGGUGUUGGAUUUUCUGGUUCUGCAUAAAGGAACAAAGAAAAUAUAUUCAAGGUGCAACUUGCACCAUGUUUAAACAUAAAUAUGUGCUUUUAAAUUAUUUCCACAUUGAUAUUUUUAAAUAAAAUAAUGAGACUAUGA